AGUAUACAAGAAGUGACAUAAACUGCUUUGACAAGUGGUCUCAACUUUCUUAUGGAAACUUUCAGUCAGGUACAGUAAAUCAACGGAAAGGUUAUCUGGUAUACCAACUUGUAAAAUUGACGGAACACUGAAGUAUGUCUUCGCCAAAAAAAGAAGUGCCAAAUGAACGUCAAAGAAUGUCUAGCACGGCUAGUUAUUUCGAUGAAACAAAAACAGCAAGGGCAAAAGAGUUCGUCAGGAGUCAUUCGGAAUCGAACUUUGCAACGUCUCAAGGAAUAGAAAUAGACGAUACUAUUUUCGAGGAAUGUCGACAGACUAGUAGUCGAAUAAAAAAGCUGUCUCGACGAAGUCGCCGGAGAACAACGACGAAAAAAGCGCCAAAAAAGAACGUGGACGAUAUUCAGGACGUGUUUACCAUGUUUGAAGUAUUUAAACUUCUCCAUAUUAAACAUGAUCCACAAAAGUGCGACCUUAUAGAAAUGAAAAAAACUGCAAAAAAGGAGAUAGAAGAACAAAGUUCAGGAAGCGGGAAAUAUUCCAAUGGAACAACGGGAUUCGAGGUGAUAGCGAAGGCUAAAGACGAAGAUUUGUUGAAAAGAGAAAAGCUGGGGGAAUUUUAUUUGAAGAUUGAUAAUUGCAUCAAACAAUUGGACAAAUGCGCGAUUGAGGUUCUAAACACCUAUUAUGGCGAUCAUGGCGUGUUAAAUGUUUUAGACAAACAAACAGAACGCUUGGCGAAACUAGAGUAUAAAGUUCUUAUUGCAGGCGAAAGUAGCGCCGGGAAAAGCAGUUUAUUAAAUCUUAUUCUUGGCGAAGAGCUUCUUCCACACCAUGUUCUCAAUACCACUUCCACAAUAUGCGAGUUAAAGUUUGGAAAAGAACGAAAACUUGUCGUUCACUAUAACUACGACGAGGAACGAAAGAUUCAGCCGGAACCUGUUGUUUAUACCCUGGAUAAAAAAGAAAAUUGUCAAGAGCAAAUUGCUCGAUUUGUGCGCUUGGAGGAUUCGAGAGCACGAGAAAAGGCUUCCUGCUAUGCUAAAGUUGAAAUCUUUUGGCCACAUGAAUUACUUGAGGAAGGAGUGGUUAUCAUUGAUAGUCCAGGGCUCGGUGAAUCUGAUGAAAUGGACGAAGUUCUUAUGAAUUAUCUUCCAAAUGCUCUUGCAUUUAUUUAUGUGCUUGAUAUGUCCCGUGCUGGGGGGAUACAAAAAGAUAUGAAGGAAAAGCUAAUGGGCAUCUUAAGAAAGGCAGGUUCUGAUGCUGGGGUUGCCAGCCUUCGCCAUUUAGCUGAAUGUUCCCUCUUCGUUUGCAAUAAAUGGGAUCAAGUGAAAGAGAGUGAAAGGGAAGCAGUGAAGAAAUAUGUCUCAACAAAGCUGAGCGAGUGCUGGAGAGAUGCAAGUUCGAAUCAUCAAAUUGUUUACAUGUCAGUAACGGAAGCCAUCAAAGUACAGGAAUAUGGCGGAGUCACAGAGGAGUUCAAUCUUUUGCUUAAACAGAUUAAGACGAUGGUAUUAAAGGCAAUAAAUAUAAGACUAUACAAUCAUUGGCAGUGGUUGCAUGCAGUGCUGCAACAUAUUUAUAGAGUAACGUAUUUCUUCAACCAAGAGAUACAAUCAACUCACCAAACAACUCGUGAAAGGAUGAGUUCAAUUGAAAAACGCAUCGAAAUCAUCGAAAAGCAAGAAGAAAGUGUGAGGAAGAACAUGGAAGCAAGACUGGAAUAUCAGACCAAAGUUCUCCACGCCAAACUAAAAGAGCAUAUUCAAUCGCCAGGAUUCAAAACGAAGUUCUGCAAUUGGAACGACUGUUCACCUCCGCCGAAUGAAAUAAAUUGGGAAACAACAAAAAGCAACAUUACAAAAGCAAUUGAUUACCGAUUUAAAGAAUUGCUCAUCCAAUGGGAAAAUGACAAUCAAGUGUACUCGGAAACUCACAGGCAGCUUCUGGACGAAUUUCGUACAAGGCUGAAUCUCUUAGAAGAAGAGCUUCAAAAUAUUGACAAAGCGAUUCAUGGUGAAAGUCAAGUUGAUAAGAAUAAAAGUAAAAUUUCGACAACAACUAAAGUUCUUUUUGGUGCAACGAGCCCUCUUUGGAUUCCGUUCGGCGUGGCGGGUUUGAUAAUCGGUAUGCCUGUUUUUGGAGCAAUGGUUAUGAAACGUAAAGUUAGUCAAAAAAGAAAGCUUGAGAAUUACCAAGACAAUCCUCGUGAUUACCUUGAAAAACAAUCUCAAAAAUAUCUACAGCGACUAACAAAAGAAUUCGUUUUAAAAUAUGCCCAACGACAGAUGGAGAACACCAGAAUAGUGCUAUCAAAAUAUGGGGAUCAAAUUCCAAUCCUGAUAGAGGCCGAUCGAAAAAUGGUGAAACAAUUAACGAAUGAAACCCGAAGCCAGGACGAAGUAUUGAAAUUGUAUGUUCCAGUCCAAAAGAGCUGUGUCGAAAUACAAAAAGAUAUCAUACCGUUGGGUAUCGAGCUAUUUCCAGCGUCAGUAAAUCCAAGGGAUCUUGAAUGGAAGAAAGACGGCGAAGAAGACAGCCUGGGAGAAGGGGAGUUUUCCAUUGUGUACCAAGGAAAGAUAACGAACCCUGGAGGAAACAAAUCGCAGAUUUCUGAAAUAAACGUGGCGGUGAAAGUAUUCAAGCAUCCAUUUGAUGACCCAAAUUCAAGAUUAUUUCUGAACGAAGAGGUAAAAAUUAGAGAUUUGAAUCAUAAAAACGUUACCAAGUAUUUUGGCUCGGCCAGAAUGAGCAUCUGUCUUUCAUCCAAAAAGUACAGGUUCAUUUUCGUUAUGAAAUCCUGCCGAGAAAACCUCAGAAGUGUAAUUUUCAGAAACCGAAAUCUGACACCAGCGAAAUCCGAAAACACCAAACUGGCAAUUGGUAAAUUCUUUAACUGGGCGAUGGACAUAGCGGAUGGUUUAAAUUACAUUCACGAGAGAGGACUUAUUCACAGACAUCUCAAGCUGGAAAAUAUUUUGGAAGAUGAGGAUGGGACAGCGAUGAUAUCCGAUGUUGGGAUUGUGGGUCAAUUUGUAGAAACAGAGAAAAGCAUAAUAUAUCUUGCACCAGAAGUACUCGAGAACCUCGCGAAUCGUACGAAAGAGGCGGAUAUGUAUAGUUAUGGCCUUGUGUUGUGGGAGAUGUGGUAUGGUACCCAAGCGUUCACAGAACUCAUGCCCAUCGACCGAGCCGCAUUCAAAAAAAAGAUAGCUGAUAAUUAUCGCCCAAAGAUGAACAAGACAACCAUCAACAUUCCAAUAGUUCAAGCUAUAAUGACCUUGUGUUGGGCGACCAAGGUAAAGGACAGGUAUUCCGCCAGAGAGUGCUAUGACAAAUUUGAGAACAUAAAGAACGGUAUUGAAGACACCGCGAUGUAACCUUUUGUGCUGGAGAAUCUGCACAAAUUAUUGUGAUUUUAUAGAGGACGCAUGUUACAAAUUUAAAAAGGAAACAUUCUUAACGUUAUAAUCGUUGUCUUAUGAUCAUGUGCUGUCCAGUGGCGGAUCCAGCUUUAGAUAAAAUAAAUUAUUGCAGGCACAAUUUUAUAGUCAAAGUACGGCCUAUUAAUAAAUAGAUGCAAUUGGCUAUGAACUUCUAAAGAACUGAAAUUUACGAAUACAUUGCAUGGGAUUUACUCUAAAGGCUUUUUGUUAAUAUAUCAAUUUGUUAGGUGUUAUAACCUAUUUUGACUAUACCCUACCCCCAUAAUCCACUGAUGUUGUUUUAAAAUCUUAUAAUCGUCUGUUAAUCUGUUAAUCAUAUAGUAUUGUUUGUGGAAGCAUAAACCGUUAUAAUACAUAAUUUUUAUUUUAUUCUUUUAUAAUAAGAAUAACAAUAUAGCUAAGUACAAAAAGGUCUUACAAACCAUGCACAAUAACAUUUCUUUCUUUACAAUUUCCUCUAUAUGAGACGUGCAAAGGGUAUAGCUUUAAGUUGCAAGUAUAAUAAAAAUA